UUAGCGCUCACUGAAACCUUUAUUCAGUGCUUCUUCUACAGUUUGUGAUAUCGGCUAGUGACGUGCUCCUUUCCUAUUGUUUAGCUCCGGAUUUGAUCGUAACAGUUCUACUUGCUCCCAAAAUGAGUGCUGUGCUUCUAGUUUCUACCUUCAUUGCCCUUGUUUCACUGGGAAACGCGGUGAAAUUGCCUUCUGCAUUCACGCGAUGCAAUCCGGCUGAUGAGCAGUGCAUAAUACAAGCCAUAAGCAACACGUUCCAAAAAUAUACAACAGGGCUACCACAGUUGGGGCUAGCUUCUCUGGAUCCGCUGCGCAUCGACGAAAUGGACAUAGUGCAGGGUGAAGGUCCUGUCAAUAUUGAGCUGAACUUCAAAAAUGUUGAUAUCAUCGGCUUUAAGGAUGUGAUCGUCAAAAAGGCCAAAGGGUUUACCGCAAAUCCGAACGUAAUGGAGAUCAAUUUGGAAGUACCUCUUGCAUCACUCGUAGGCGACUAUAAAAUAAAGGGCAAAGUGCUCAUACUUCCCAUCCAGGGAGAAGGCGUCAGCAACUUGACCAUGGCCAAUUGCAACUUUGUCAUGAAGUGGAAUGGAGCCCUCCAGAAACGGUCCGAUGGAAAAGAAUACUAUCAAAUGAACAAAAUCAAGGCCACGCUAGAUACUACACGCUUCUACACAGAACUCACGAAUUUGUUCAACGGCGAUAAGGCACUAGGCGAAAAUAUGAACAUGUUCCUGAAUGAAAACUGGCAAGACAUCCUGAAGGAACUGAAGCCCGCCAUCAUUAGCUCCUUUGCCAAAGUAUUCCGUGCGAUUAUAACCAAUGUUUUUGAUAAUGUUCCUUAUAACGAGCUCUUUUUACCAUGAAUAAGUAAAACGUACACAGAAAACUAAUCAUUUAUAAACCAAAAAACCGUUACCUGUUUGUUGUUUGAUGGCACUAAUCGGUCCAAAGCGCGCAUUCUGGGCAUGGCAUGAUUGAAAUUAAAUUUGGGACAGUAUUCCCAUCUGCAUUAACGACUGAAUCCCAUGGUAACAUAAUAAAUAGAUUGCAAAUAA